AUGGAUGGGAUAGAGGAUCAUAUUUGUCACGGGGCAGGGAAUGAAGGAGCUACAGAGUCAGAUCAUGCCAGGGAACAUACGGCCACAGAGUCAGAUCAUGUCAGGGAACAUACGGCUACAGAGUCAGAUCAUGUCAGGGAACAUACGGCUACAGAGUCAGAUCAUGUCAGGGAACAUACGGCCACAGAGUCAGAUCAUGUCAGGGAACAUACGGCCACAGAGUCAGAUCAUGUCAGGGAACAUACGGCCACAGAGUCAAAUCAUGUCAGGGAACAUACGGCCACAGAGUCAGAUCAUGUCAGGGAACAUACGGCUACAGAGUCAGAUCAUGUCAGGGAACAUAUGGCCACAGAGUCAGAUCAUGUCAGGGAACAUACGGCCACAGAGUCAGAUCAUGUCAGGGAACAUAUGGCCACAGAGUCAGAUCAUGUCAGGGAACAUACGUCUAGGGAAGGGCAUAUGCUAAGCUACAGGGGGUACCAACUAGUCACAGCUGAUGUCCCCAGGCAUGGGGUGGCCCGUUCAGCUCUCCGGGGAGCGUCUGGUCCUGAGGCUCCGGCAGAGGUGUGCUGGGCUUUUCGAUAUAGACUGGCGCGCCUUCGUAUUCUGCUUCGGCACGUUUUGGCGUUGUCUGGAAUUGACACUCGUGAUUUUGUAAUCGCACUGGUUACUUCUACAGAAGUUGUUCUGGGGACGCAUUUAGUCCUAUGUUUGUCGUUUAUUUCUCCCUCCCUGGGGGUGAAUAUUAUGGCCUUUUCACUACAUGAGAAGAGUUCACAAGUUAUUUCUCCUUGCUGUCUGCACAAUGUGUGUCACAGAGUUGUCAUCUUAUCUUUGUCCUUUGUCACACAGAUAGCUGGAGGUCAGGUGCUACAGAAGACCUUUGAAGAGUGGAUGAGAUACAGGGAGGAGUGUUACAUUAGACUGGCCAGCACUCCCCAGCCUGAAGGAGAAUACUGUAACCGUACGUUUGACAUGUAUGCUUGCUGGCCAGAUGGAACCCCAGGAACAAUCAUCAAUGUAUCCUGCCCCUAUUAUCUACCCUGGUUCCAGAAAGUGAGUCAUGGGUUGGUAUCACGGCGUUGUGGGCAUGAUGGUCAUUGGGUCACUGUAAAUGGGACUGAGCCCUGGAGGGACUCAUCACAGUGUGACGAUGAGAUGGAGGUGACACAAGAUGAGGUGGGGAUUCGGGACCUGUUGCUGAGUUUCAGGGCUCUGUACACUGUAGGAUACUCUGUGUCUCUGCUGACAUUGAUAUUAGCUCUGCUAAUUCUCACCAUGUGCAGGAAGUUGCGCUGCACCAGGAAUUACAUCCAUGCCAACCUGUUUGUCUCAUUUGCCCUGCGAGGUUUCUCGGUUAUCAUUAAGGAUGUUUUGCAGGCGAAGCGAUGGGACAUGCAUAUUAGUAAAGUCUCAGACUGGGAAACUUUAGUCAAUAAUGAGGCCACUAUAGGCUGCCGCAUAGCGCAGGUGGUGAUGCAAUACUGCAUCUUGGCCAAUCACUAUUGGUUUGUGGUGGAGGCGGCAUACCUGUACAAGCUGCUGAUUGGAGCUGUGUUUUCAGAGAAGAAUCACUACACUUUGUACCUAUAUCUUGGCUGGGGCACUCCGCUUCUGUUUGUGGUUCCAUGGCUGAUUGUUAAAUACCUGAAGGAGAACUCUGAGUGCUGGGCUCUUAAUGAAAACAUGGCUUAUUGGUGGAUAAUCCGGAUGCCUAUUCUGCUGGCCUCUCUGAUAAACCUUUUGAUUUUCAUGAGGAUUUUGAAGGUAAUACUCUCUAAGCUACGGGCCAACCAGAGAAGCUACGCAGACUACAAGCUACGGUUGGCAAAGGCCACUCUGACACUCAUCCCACUAUUUGGAAUCCAUGAGGUUGUGUUUAUUUUUGCCACAGAUGAACAAACAUCAGGAAUCCUGCGAUAUAUCAAGGUCUUCUGUAGCCUCUUUCUGAACUCCUUCCAGGGAUUCCUGGUAGCUGUUCUCUAUUGCUUCUCUAAUAAAGAGGUGAGUUUAUCAGCACUUCCUUAAAAGGACAUAAAAGUCAAAAUUAAAUAUACAUGAUUCAGAUAGAAGAUGCCAUUUUAAAAUUACAUAC